AUGCCCGCUGCAGUGGAGCCGGCUCGCGUUUACACCGUCUCUGGUGGCGGUGCCGCCACCUCGGGUGCAGCAGGCACUUCUUUCAAUUCUUCAUCCCUUCCGGACCUGUUGCGCAAAUCCGGUUCAUCGAACAAGCGCAAGAAGCGCAAAACCGCCCUCAAGGACGAAGAGAUCCUCUCCCGCAUCGAGCUCAUUCAGGACUUUGAAUUCCCCGAAGCAAGCAACCGUCUCACAGCAACACGAGAUGGCCAGUCGAUCGUGGCCACCGGAACAUACAAGCCUCAGAUCCGAGUGUGGGACUGCGAACAACUCAGUCUCAAGUUCGAACGACAUACCGAUGCAGAGAACGUCGACUUUCUGAUGCUCUCCGAUGACUGGACAAAGUCACUUCAUCUCCAAACCGAUCGAACCGUCCAAUUGCAAGCACAAGGUGGCGCACAUGCCCGUGUCCGCAUCCCUAAAUUUGGCCGUGCUCUCGGCUACCACUUUCCUUCCGCCGACGCAAUCGUAGCAGCUGCCGGCCGUGAAGUGUAUCGACUCAAUUUGGAUCAGGGUCGAUUCUUGGCGCCAUUCGUGCUUGGGGGUGGCGACCUGGGCGAGCCAACAGGAUGCAACGCCAUCGAUGUCAACCCAGCACAUGGCCUGCUUUGCUUCGGUGCAGAGGGCACCGGCGUUGUCGAGAUGUGGGAUCCACGCAUGCGCAAGAGAGCAGGUGUCUUGAGCGUGGCAACAAAAACAGUCCUUGAUGCUGCUUUGAUCGUGGCACGUCGCAAUCUGCCCGGCGUGGUUGGUGAAGCGGACGAUUCUACCGCUACCAAGGAGGCACUCUCCUCCCUAUCCGUCACAGCACUAGCCAGUGCUGAAGACGGCCUCAACCUUGCAGUGGGCACCAACACCGGACAUGCACUGCUCUACGACCUUCGAAUGGAUCGACCUUACCAGACCAAAGACCAAGGUUUCGGUCUACCCAUUAAGAAGCUCAUGUGGCCAGGCGACAAGGCUGCAGCCACCACGGGCGGUGUCGGACCCCGCACACGAUCGGAGGCUGAAGGCAAAGUACUCAGUGCCGAUGCCAAAGUCAUCAAGAUCUGGGACAAGGACUCGGGAGACAACCUCGUCUCUGUCACGCCUCCAUCCGCAGCUACCGACAUCAACGACGUUGCGCACUAUCCCGGCACAGGUCUGCUCAUGGCAGCGGUCGAAGGAACGCAGAUGGCAGCAUGGUACGUCCCUGCGCUCGGACCGGCGCCACGCUGGUGUUCGUACAUCGAUACGCUCACCGACGAGAUGGAUGGUGUCGAUUCAACCGGUGCCGGAGCAGGCAAGGGCGUGUACGAGGACUUCAAGUUCGUCGAUCGCGCCGAAUUGGAGCGUUUGGGCAUGUCUCAUCUCGUCGGCACCCAACUGCUGCGACCCUACAUGCACGGAUACUUUAUCGCUCUUGCGCUGUACGAGCGUGCACGCCUGCUCAACAACCCAACAGCCUACGCGGAUGCACGCGAGCGUGCGAUCAAGGCCAAGCUGGAAAAACAGGCCGAGAGUCGUAUCCGCGCGAUCAAGAAUCCCAAAAUGGAUGCUGGUGUUCGCGUCAACAAGGAGCUCGCCGAGAAAGUCGCGCGACAAGCAGAGCUUGCGGCCAAGAAGCAAGCCAAGCGCGAUGCAAAAGCUGAGGCCGCUGCCUCGGCUGCUACCACAGAAGGCGAGCCUGCAGAGGAAGACGCAGCGACGACGAGCAAAGACAAAUCCACCGCACCAGCCAACCUGUUGUCCGACUCGCGUUUCUCCCAACUCUUCCAAGAUCCCGCCUUCCAGAUCGACACUGGUUCGCGAGAGUUCGCCAUGCUCAACCCAUCCACGGCGCUCAAACAGACACGAGACGGACCGAGGAAACUCACCGCUGUGGAGGACGAGGAGAACGAGAGCGAUCGCGAAUCGGUCGAUCCCGAUAUGGAAGGGUCUUCCUCCUCCGCAUCAGAAGAUGAACUGGGAGCAGGUGAUUCGGGCGAUUCGUCUGACGAAGGCGAUCUGGGUCAAUACGAUCCACGCGCGCGAGAUGCAUCUGGCAAACGACCCAAGAACCUCAACCAGGCGGUCGAGCGCGGCUCGCGUCGUAAUGGACGUGCUUCUGGCGCCCGAUUGGUCGACGACGAUGAUGAGGAGGGAGGAGCGGGUGGUAGAGGAAACAAGAAGCAGAGCUUCGAGGAUAGACUCAAGUCGACGUCCAGAGGUUCGGCGGGAGCACGUCGUCCUCGUGCGUCGGACUUUAUGGACGGAGAAUCUGCUGCUGGCGCAAGAUCUUUCACCUGGACACCUUCGUCGGCGUCGAGGCGAGACGAUGACGAUAGGAAAGGAGGUAAAGGCGGUGGGAGGAAAUCGAAGGACGGAGACGAGACUUUCGGCUUCUCGCUAACAACAUUCUCGCCCUCCGGCAAGCUAGUUCAAAUCGAACAUGCCCUCGCCGCCGUCUCACAAGGAGCCACUUCGCUCGGCAUCAAAUCACCCAACGCCAUCGUCAUCGCCACCGAAAAGCGAGCACCGUCUCCGCUCGUAGACGAUUCUGCACUCGAACGAAUCUCGAUCGUCUGUCCCAACAUCGGCAUGGUGUACUCCGGUAUGGGACCUGACUUCCGCGUUCUCGUCUCUGCCGCGCGGAAAUCCGCCCAGACGUACUGGAAGACGUUCGGCGAGUACCCACCCACCCGCGUCCUCGUGCAGGAGAUCGCCACCCUGAUGCAGCAAGCCACGCAACGCGGUGGUGUACGACCCUUCGGCGUAUCCCUCCUCGUCGCAGGCUACGACUCCGCAAGAGGCCCCAGCCUCUACCAAGUCGACCCCAGCGGAAGCUACUUCAUGUGGAAAGCCUCUGCUAUCGGGAAAAACAUGCAGAACGCCAAAACCUUCCUCGAGAAGAGAUACAACAACGACAUCUCGCAGGAGGACGCCAUCCACACUGCCCUGCUGACGCUAAAGGAGGGCUUCGAAGGUCAGAUGACCGAAAAGACCAUCGAGAUCGGUGUCAUCAGCGAUGGGUUUACGAAGAAGCUGGGUAACGGGGAUGUCGGAGAUGCGAUUCCCGUGUUUAGGAAGUUGAGCGAGGCAGAGAUCAAGGAUUACUUGGCUUUGUAG